AUGUACACUGGGUCGCACAUCUGGGCUCCAGGCCAUGCUAAGAUGCACCAGAUCCCGGCUCCUGGCCAUAUCCUAGCAUCUGGAUGCCACACCCAGAUCCCCGGCUCCAAAAGCAGGAAAAAGCAUGCUAGCAUCGUCGGCCUGAUCGGCAGUACGAUAAGCGUGAUCCAGCAAAUCCGGAACGCACGGAACAGGGUCAAAGGCGCGUCUGAAACGAUUGACAGCCUUUCUAAUCAACUGGAUAAUCUCAAUCGUUCCCUCAUUCUUGUGCGCGACGAGAAAGCUCUCCAGACAGCAGCCGUAGGGCAGCAAGUGCGGGCCAUAACAGAGGUCGCAGAAGAGCUGAGAUCCUUCUUAGAUGCGCUGGCAGCCGAACAACAGAAACGAUCCAUCUCGCAGCUGAUCCACUCACUGAAGUCCGGAGACAAGGACGACAAACAGCUCGCGGGUAUCCUCGAUCGCCUAGACAGGGGAAGAAACACGCUUGUCUUACAGAUCUCCGUCGCUCAGGUGGGAGUGAUGGGGAACCUUGAGGAGGGAUUCUAUGUCGCAGUCGACAUCCUCAAAGACACAAACAACAAGGUGAACGCGGUGCUCGGUACUAACCUCGUCCUCGCUGAGCGAUUGCAGAAUAGGGGACUGCAGCAGACGGGGGGGACCAUUUCACUGGACGCUUCUGACUUGAAAAUUGUGGGUCCUGUUGAUCAAAGUCGCGAUACGACGCCCGGCCGUGCAGCGCCAGCCGGCAACGAGACCUUAAUCUACGAUAAUGUCACGGUUGGCCAGGCGCGCAUUAUGACGGGCAACGUCGGGGUGGAGAAUUGGCUCAGGGUAGCUGGACGAAAAACCUCGAUUGCUAGGAACAAAUUUGAGCAAGAUGUGCAAAUCAUGACAGGCGACCUGGGAGGCGAGGCUGCAAAAAGUUUCAAUGAGUGCUUCUGGAAAUAGAGGCGUGCUUUUCCUGGUGCGAGUCGGCAAUUUUCGUCAUAACCAUGUAACUAAGAUGAAGUAGUUAACUAGUUAACGUUAACGUGAUAACACUCCAUACUCUUCUCUCGGUUGUUGGACGAAAAAGAGGUUGUGGUGGGUAGCGUUAGGCAUUGGACAUUAAAACUCCUUGUCAACCUGGUUUCAUCUGCACCAGAAAGGGGCGUGAUCAUGACACAAUCCGGAG